UUGAGAUUGAUUUAUCGUGAAGCUUCCGCGGGAAGCUGCCACAAAUUUGAACAAUACCAAUUCCCUUUCUUCCCCAAAACCUAAAUCCAUUAACAUCAAACAACCUAAAAAUGCCGAUCGAAAUGCCUCAAGGCUUACCAUUCUCCGUAGACACAUGGACUCCAUCCUCCAAAACCAGCAAGCGACACCAUUUCCUCACGCACGCUCACAAAGACCAUUCCUCCAACAUCACUUCUCAUUCCUCUUUCCCUAUUUACUCCACUCUUCUCACCAAAACCCUACUCCUCCAACAUUACCCUCACCUUCAUGAUUCCCUGUUUCUAGAAAUCGAAGUAGGCCAAUCCUUGAUCAUCCAUGAUCCCGACGGGGACUUCACUGUUACAGCUUUUGAUGCUAAUCACUGUCCUGGUGCGGUGAUGUUCUUGUUUGAAGGUGAAUUUGGGAAUAUUUUACAUACGGGAGAUUGCAGGAUUAAUCUCGAAUGUCUUCUCAAUUUACCUGAUAAGUAUGUAGGGAGGAAAGGGAAAAAGGCUACAUGUCCUCUUGAUUGUGUUUUCUUAGACUGUACUUUUGGAAAUUUCACUCGUUCUAUGCCUACCAAACAAUCCUCUAUUCAACAGGUUGUUAAUUGUAUAUGGAAGCAUCCGGAUGCAUCGACAGUGUAUCUUACCUGUGAUGUCCUCGGUCAGGAAGACAUCCUUGUUCAAGUGUCCCAAACAUUUGGAGCAAAGAUAUAUGUUGAUAAAGCCCAAAAUCCAGAAUGUUUCAAGAAUCUAAUGGUUACCGUGCCUGAAAUCAUUAGUGAAGACCCAUCUUCCCGUUUCCAUUUAUUUGAUGGAUCUCCAGGACUAUAUGAAAGAGCACAGGCAAAACUGGUUGAGGCCAAGGCAUUGCUCCAGACUGAGCCUCUCAUUGUCCGCCCUUCUGCUCAGUGGUAUGCUUGUGAAGAAGUUUCAGAUGUUCAGAACACUAGAAAAAAGAGGAUGAAUGAAGCAGUUAGGGAUCAAUUUGGUGUUUGGCAUGUCUGUUACUCAAUGCACUCUUCCAAGGAAGAAUUGGAAGAGGCGCUUCAACUUCUUGCUCCAAGGUGGGUUGUUUCAACAACCCCUCCCUGCAGGGCUAUGGAGCUCAAUUAUGUUAAGAAAUACUGUUUUAAUUCUAAAGCCGGUCUCAACAACUCUGUACUGAAGCUUCUGGAUAUGACUGUGGAAACUUCUGACUUUGUAGAUACAUUUGUCAAACCUGUAAACUGUUAUCCUGUGCCUUGUACAAAAACUAAAUCACCCAUCAAGCAGUACACUGAUGCGAAAGCACUGGAAGAGUUGACUCUUUCGGAUAAUCGUUCGCCUGUCACAUUAUUUGGAAGAGCAAGGCUUGGUCUCCAAGAUGUCGACUUUUUACGAGUACAGUGCAAUAUUUUACCAGUUAAUGCCCCUUUGCAAACAGAUUCAAGUGAUGCAAGACAAGAAUGUUUAGAUGAUCCUGCUGAAGUGAAAUGGGAGAGGUCACCAGAAAGAAAGGAAGAUUUACAUAAUGUGAAUAAGAAUCCGCAAUUAGAAGAGGUUCAAGAAAACACAAGAGUUCGUAAGAGUGCCUCUAAUGAAAAUAUUGGAUCCCCGGGCCUGAGUGAACAUAUCAAAAAAUAUUACAGGCCAAUGAAUAUUCCUACGCUUCUUCCCUCAUUAGUGGAUCUUAGGAAUUCCAUGAAACGUGCCAAGAGGAGAAUUGAUCAGUUUUCUGCGGCUAACUUUGAUCGGAAAAUGCCCAUGGAUUGAUGAAUCUUUAGAUUUUAGAUGAAUUUAUUUCACCUUGCUCUUUCUCAGAUUACUGUCUGUGUUGCAAGAGUGCUUCGCAAGAAGUUGCAAUGUGGGAAGGCAGAAUUUGCAGGAGCAAGGAAAAAUGUUGCGGAUUUGUUUCAAUAAUGUUGUUGACAUUAUACUUUCUUUCAAUAUAAGAGAUAGAUACAUCAAAAUAUGUUUGAUAUUGAGGAAUAAAAUUGCGUGGGAGUUCAUGUAUGAUGUCCUAUAGUGGCGAUGGUGAUGGUGAUCAAUUCAUAUAAUUACCUUUUAUUGCUUCUUUUUAUUGGUAAUUAGUACAUUUUUAUAGUCACGGACACGUGUGAAG